AUGAGCACCUGGAGCAGCAGUUCAGUCCGGCCCCGGAUCUGCCAUGCCGGCCUGCAGUCUGACUGGAAGAUAAUGGCUGCAGAGCUGUUCCCCACCAAGAAGCUGGUCCCCUCCGCCUCAGCGAGCAGCACUACCUCCAUCCAACAGUACCAGCAUCAGAACCUGACCAACAACAACACUACCACUGCACAGGGCUGCUGCAACUGGCAGGGCCUGUUCCCGACCAUCCGAGAGAGGAAUUCAGUCAUGUUCAACAAUGAGAUGAUGGCAGAUGUUCACUUUGUGGUUGGGCCGCCUGGCGGGACACAGCGAGUACCAGGACAUAAGUACGUCCUGGCCGUCGGCAGCUCGGUGUUCCACGCCAUGUUUUAUGGAGAACUGGCCGAGGAUCAGGAUGAAAUCCGGAUCCCUGACGUGGAGCCUCCUUCAUUCCUGGCCAUGUUGAAGUAUAUCUACUGUGAUGAGAUCGACCUGUGCGCUGACACUGUGCUCGCUACCCUCUACGCCGCCAAAAAGUACAUCGUGCCUCACCUGGCCCGGGCCUGUGUCAACUUCCUGGAGACCAGCCUGAGUGCCAAGAACGCCUGUGUGCUGCUGUCUCAGAGCUGCCUGUUCGAGGAGCCCGACCUGACGCAGCGCUGCUGGGAGGUGAUCGAUGCUCAGGCCGAGCUCGCUCUGCGCUCCGAAGGCUUCUGCGACAUCGACACCCAGACGCUGGAGAGCAUCCUGCGGCGGGAGACACUCAACGCUAAAGAGAUGGUGGUGUUCGAGGCGGCGCUGAACUGGGCCGAGGCUGAGUGUCAAAGGCAAGACCUGACACCGACUAUCGAGAACAAACGUCUGGUGUUGGGAAAGGCCAUCUACCUGAUCCGCAUCCCCACCAUGGCACUGGAGGACUUCGCCAACGGAGCGGCGCAAUCCGGUGUGCUCACGCUCAACGAGACCAAUGACAUCUUCCUGUGGUACACCGCCGCCAACAAGCCUGAACUGUUGUUCUGCACCAAACCUCGUAAAGGCCUGUCACCACAGCGCUGCCACCGCUUCCAAUCCUGCGCCUACAGGAGCAACCAGUGGCGGUACAGAGGCCGCUGCGACAGCAUCCAGUUCGCUGUGGACAAACGCGUCUUCAUUGCCGGCUUCGGCCUGUACGGCUCCAGCUGUGGUUCGGCAGAGUACAGCGCCAAGAUCGAGCUGAAGCGUCAGGGCGUGCCGAUGGCCCAGAGGAUCAUCAAGUACUUCUCAGACGGCUCCAGCAGCACCUUCCCCGUGUGGUUCGACUACCCGGUGCAGAUCGAGCCUGACACCUUCUACACCGCCAGCGUGGUGUUGGAUGGCAACGAGCUCAGCUACUUCGGCCAGGAGGGCAUGACAGAGGUGCAGUGUGGGAAAGUGACCUUCCAGUUCCAGUGCUCCUCAGACAGCACCAAUGGUACCGGAGUGCAAGGGGGCCAGAUCCCCGAACUCAUCUUCUACGCCUGAGCCGGGCAGGAUGGAGGAUGCCACAGAGAUUCCUGCUUCACUGCCAUGUAGACUUUUACUUUGAAAGUGUGGAGACGAGUUCUCAGGAAGCCGUUUGAGGAGGCAGGGACUCCUGGAUUUACUGCUGAGCCUUCGAGAGGACUGAAGAAGACUGAAUCCUCACGUUCCUUCACACCUCUGUUGUUUUGUUUCACAGCAGCUAUUGUUGAGUUGUGUUUAGUUUAUCUUUGUUAAAGCAGGAAUUAUAUUCCUGUCAAAAUACACAUACACUUCUCUGUGAGGCAGACAUGGCAGUUAUUGGUAACCACUGUGGGGGUGAUAAUUUUAUAUUACGAUUAACAAUGAAUUAAUGGAUAAAAUACUCAGACAGAACCGUUUGUUUUUGGCUAAUGCAGUAAAUCAAAUAGCGGAUAAAUCAAAGUAUUUCAGUGUGCACAGUGUGCUGAUAUCAUAUAAAUGUCCAAUAUUCCAAUCAUCUAUACAAUUAAUCCAAUAUUGCCAUAAAGGAAUCCUGAUCAUUGAUUUAUAGCGGCGUCCUCACACACUCACCAAUGUUGAAGGGAGAGUCAACGUGUUAGAACAAAUCCCCAAAAUCCGUGCACAUAGAAAUCAGCCAUGAGAAUGUCUCUGAAUAACUAUAUAUUAUUUUCAUUAUCAGAUUCAUUGUAUAUUAAUCUCUUUUUUUAUUUUUGACUGAUCAUUUAGAUCCCAGAGACCAAGAGUCCAAAACCUAAACACAUUCAAAUCGUUGUUUAUCGGUUUUGUUGAUUAAUCGAUGAAUCGUUUGAGCACUAAGUAGAAAAUUGAAGAAGAUGAGGCAGUUUCAUAGCUCAUUUUAAUUCCAGCUGAACGCAGUGACUUUAAAAUGCACUCUUAGAAGUGGUUUUAUUAAAACCCACUCUUAGAAGUGCGUUUUAAUUUGCAACAAAUAAAUACAGUUAAAAUGGUUUCAUGGUUCAGUUGCUGCGCUUCAGUAAAACAAGUUUUCAUUUUCUUGCCUUAAAGAUAAUGUGUCUGGUUUUCAUCAUGAGACGACCGCAGAGACAUUUAAAUGUUUAAAACUUGACAACACGUCGCUCAUUCUGCUGAAUUCCUCCUCUCAUGAAGUUAAGAGUUUGGUUUCAUUUGAACAUUCCUGUUGUUCCUGAAGAACUGAAGGACUUACUGAGGCACUACUUGGAGUUUGUAACCUGUACAGGUGUUUACCGUUGGUGGUUUUGGUAUUUAAAGCUGAAUAAUAAGUUUUAUAUUUGUAGUUUGACACCUGGUCACACUCUGUUACUGCAGUUUUUUGCAGUCUUUCAGACAUACUGUAACCUUCCUCUGGUGCUCUGUACUGUUCCUGCUUUCUGGGCUUCUUCUCUGAUGAAAUGUGGAGACUUAAAGGGGCAUUUCAGCCAUAAUCCACCUGAAAGUCUACCUGUCCAGCCUGCAGUAUAACAGGUUAUCUGAGAGGAUUUGAACUAUAACUGUAUACCUUUUUUGUGUUGUAUUUAAAGAACAGUGUUCCUCAGACAUCACUCGCACAGAUACAUUGUCAACAACUCAUGCUUUUAUUUUGAAAAUCACGACAUCAUGUUUGUACCAGAUUCUGAUCUAUUGUUGCAUUAAUGUUGCAGUCGUGUGAAUAUUUCAGUGAUUGUGUCCUGAAGCACUUCAUCUACUCACUUAGAAAAUGGAGGAAAAAACUGUUUUAUAUGACUAUAUUGAAGAAACAUAUUUUUGGAUGUCUUUGUUUCCUGUUAUCUGAUUCCAACCAGAAUGUUCAGUGAGUCGGUGGCCUUAUGAAUGUGUUGUUGUGACAAAUUUGGAAAUAAAAGGUUC